UGCUGCACAGAUUAACUCCGACAGUUUCAACGGGGUGAGAAGAAGAAGAAGAAGCAGAAGAAGAAGGAGGUGGAGGUGUGUGACAGCACUCCGUUUCCUCCGUGUUCGGUGACCGAAAACAACCCAAGUGUGUGUUGGCGGUCAGCAAAACAGCAGCCGUGCCUCGCCGCGCCCCCACCCCCAGCGGAGCCGUCAUGUGGCAGGAGGCCCGCAAACAUGAGCGCAAGCUCCGUGGCAUGAUGGUAGAUUACAAGCGCCGAGGCGAGCGCCGGCGAGAGUACUACGAGAAGAUCAAAAAAGAUCCAGCUCAGUUUCUCCAGGUUCAUGGCCGAGCCUACAAGAUCCAUCUGGAUCCUGCUGUGGCCCUGGCUGCAGAGAGCCCCAUCAACAUGAUGCCAUGGCAGGGAGACGCAAACAACACGAUUGACAGAUUCGAUGUGAGAGCUCACUUGGACUACAUCCCCACCUACACACCACCGCUGCUCAACACAUCCACCCCAGAGCAAGAGAUGGAGGAGAGGAAGUGCAAUUAUGAGCGCUACAGAGGCCUUGUGCAGAAUGAUUUUGCCAACAUCUCCGAGGAGCAGUGUUUAUACCAGAUCUACCUGGAUGAGCUCUACGGUGGCCUGCAGAAGCCAAAUGAGGAAGAGAAGAAAAAACUGGCUGAAAAAAAGGCCACCAUUGGUUACACCUAUGAAGACAGCACUGUGACAGAGCCUGACCCCCAGUCAGACAAAGAUGAAGACAAUUCAGAGAACAGUGAAUCUGAAGAAGAUGAGGGCAUCCCGGAUAUUGAUGUCGAGGUUGAUGUAGAUGAGCUGAACCAGGAACAGGUUUUGGACAUAAACAAAAUGGCAACCUCAUAUGGAAUGGCUGAAGGAGACUUUGUCAGGAUGUUGAGGAAGGACAAAGAGGAAGUGGAAGCCAUCAAACAUGCCAAGGCUCUGGAGGCAGAGAAGGCCAUGUACUCUGGCCGUCGUUCUCGCAGACAAAGGAGAGAGUUCAGAGAGAAGAGGCUAAAAGGUAGACAGAUAAGCCCACCAAGCUAUGCCAGGAGAGACAGCCCAACAUAUGAUCCAUAUAAACGGCCAGAGUCGGAGUCGAGCUCUGAGUCGAGGUCACGCUCUCGUUCUCCCGGUCCAGAGAAGAUCACCUUCAUCACCAGCUUUGGUGGCAGCGAUGAUGAAGCUGCAGCAGCCACGCAAACAGCCGCUUCUCAGUCUGGCCACGCCCCCUCCAACAUGCAGCACCCUGCAGGUCAUAGCAGGGGCUCCCGGAGACGAAGGUCAUCCUCAAGUCGUUCCCCUUCCUCUUCCUCACGCUCCUCAUCUCGAUCCUCCUCUCGCUCUUCUUCCCGUUCACGUCGUGCCCGACGUGGACGCGGAGGGAGGGAUGGACGGCGAUCCCGAACCCGAUCGCGGUCAAGGCGGCGUUCCAGAUCUUAUUCUCGAGCUAGAGGAGGGAACGGAGGGACUGCUUCUUGGAGGAGACGUGACCGGACGCGAUCACGGUCCAACGACCGAGACAGAGAGCGAGAGAGGGAGAGAGACAGGGACAGGGACCGGGACAGGAGACGGUACUCAGCACGCAGACGAACCAGGUCCCGAUCCAGCUCACGGCAAGGGGGCAGUUCUAGGCGAGGGGGUCGGAGCAGCGGAGGCCACCGACGGGGAGACAGCGUCAGUCGCCGUCCCUCUCAGUCACCCAGUCGUGCUAACCACAGUCCCUCCCCUGCUCACAGAGGAGCCCCGCCCUCUACCACCACCAUCUCUGACAAGCUAAGAAAGCCUGAUACUCCGGGCGGUAAAGAGACGGGAGCUGCCAAACUCAAGAUGACCCCACAGGAGCGUCUGAAGCUACGAAUGCAGAAGGCGCUCAACAAGCAGUCCAAGGCGGAUAAAAAGGCAGCACAAGUGAAGAUCCAGCAACAAGAACACAAACGACAGGAGCGAGAGGGAGAACUGCGAGCUAUGGCACGCAAAAUACGCAUGAAGGAGCGCGAGAGACGCGAGAAGGAGAGGGAUGAAUGGGAACGACAGUACGGGCGACAGAGCCACUCGCCUUCGCCUUCCAAAUAUGGCCGAGAACACAGCUCAUAUAGAAGGUAUGCAAGAAGCCACAAGAAUGUGCACAGCUCCGAUGAAGCAGAGUGAACAGUGGGGAGGUCGCGGUCUCGCUCACGGAGUCCCUACUAUCGAUACUAAGCUGUGGAAAACGAGGAUGCAUCCUACAGAUCCUUCAGUCACUGCACUAAAACAUGGAAAUAUGAAUAAAUGGACUGACUGUCUCAAAAAUCUAUACGUGAACGCUAUGCCCCCUGGUUUUCUGCAUCUACAAAAUAAAACAUUUUGACUGUGAUACCCGAGUUUCACUAAUUACACAGCUGAUUGGUUCAGCCGAGCGGAGUUUUAUCUGCCCUUUUCACUUCUGCUUCUUCUUGUAAACAGCCUACAGGUUUAUCAAAUGAGUUUCUGGUUUAUUCUGCAUGCACCUUUCCCCUCAUUUCUGCCUGAACAGUUCUUCUCAGCAUGGACUCGCUUAAGAGAACUUCGUUUGUGUUUCCAAGUCCUUAAUAAGCAAUAUCUCACCUUUUUUUACCUCUUGGUGUCAUUAUGUGCCCUGCUUCUUACGCUUCUCUAACGGGAUGUGCUCACAGUAAAGACGAUGCACAGGAUAUUUAUACACAUCCACUUGAAUCCUCUUUAUGAAAGCAGAUGCAAACAAGGUUCAUGUAUGAUGUCAGUCUAUCUACUGCUCUUUUUUUACACUCUGUCCUCUGCCAGCCAGUUAACAGCAGCAAAUAACUUUUUUUGAUCUCAGUAAUGUGGAAUGUUGAAUACAGAGCAACAAAUAAAGCUUAAUUUGAAAUUA